GUGUGGUGCAUAAAGAUGAAAACUUUUCAUUACCCUCAACUUAAAAACACAAAACAACACGAGAUCCAAGUUAUACAGCCAAACAAAAGCCUUUCCCUUCAUCCUCAAGCAGGUGUUUUUAGCUGCAAACAUGGCUUCUACUCUGCUUCCUCACUCCAGGCUUUUACUCAAAGGAUCAUCCAAGCUUCUUACAUCCCCAACAAUGGCAGCUCACAGGUUGCCCACGUUGCAAAAGAUGAAGAAGGGAGGGAUAAAAUGUAGUGUGGAGGAGAAGCCAGAAGGGAAGAAGCUGUCAGAAGAAAGCAUGGUUCCGGGAACAGUGGGCGCAGUGGCGAUGGCUGCAUUGGCAGCGGCAGGACCUGCGGUGGCGCUGGUGGAUGAGAGGUUGAGCACAGAAGGGACAGGGCUGCCUUUUGGUUUGAGCAACAACCUUCUUGGGUGGAUUUUGGCUGUGGUGUUUGCUUUAAUUUGGGCUCUAUAUUUUGUCUAUGCUUCAUCCUUGGAUGAGGAUGAAGAUUCUGGUUUGUCACUUUGAAUCCAUCCAAGUUUCUUAAUAAGAAGAAUUUAUAUUUAAAUACUUGAGUCUAUCUAAGUUGUAUUCAUCUUUUCACCCUUCACCUAAUUGUUAUUAAAUCUCUUUCUUCAGUGA